AAAUUUGUGCAACAGUCCAGGAACGAUACAGAAUGGCACAGUGUAGCCCGGCGCGCGACGCGAAACAGGUGAUUGUGCAUCUGGGAAAUGAUAAGCCGACUCAAUUAACGAACGGUAGUGAAAAUUUCGCGGUAUAUCUACGGAGGAAUUCGGCGACACUUAAUAUUCUCCGUCAGUUCUUUCGGAAGUCAACUUUCGAUUUGUUCCGCCGAAGCAUCGGGUCUUGCCGACACCUUCUGCAAUAUAACUGUACGCAUUUAAUUUUUGUUCCGUUUACAACGUGCGGUCUUAAUUUUGUUUUCUCUUUUUCUUCUAUUUUUACUCUUUGUUUUUUUACACGUUUCGUCGCGACACGGUCGAACGGUCCUAAUUCUGUUGCAUUUACCAUCCGUACUUGCCAAUUUAUAUCUAUCGCGAUAAUCUCGAAUAAAAAAAUUGAGGAAGGAAUCAUUCUACGGUGUACCGAGACGAGCUCUGUGAAUCUUCUGCGAUCGGUGAAGAAAUAGUAAGCGUCAAAAAUUGCUCGAAAGCAGGUUCAUUGGGAAUGCACGGAUUCGUGCGAACACCUUGGACUACAUCCCCGUGAGAGUAAAGGGAUCGGACCAAGGAAAGGGCUGUCAAAAGUUCGAGUAAAGAAUUUAUGAAACGUAAUCUAAUAAAAGUCACGUUUCGAAGGGUAUUAAUCUAGAUCAGGGGUUGGCAGACUACGGCCCGCGGGCCAGAUCCGGCCCGCCGUUUGUAAUUGUACGACCCGCGAGCAUCGGAUCGUGCAAGUGGAAAUUCUCAUUUGACGGUGACUCAACUCUGAGGGAAUAACGCCAGAAACUCGGUCGGAUUUCAGCAGCAAAAGACUGGAGUUAUGACAACAUCCAAUGGGGUAAAGAAUGACCAAACGUCAGAAAUUCAGUGGCAAAAGAUUCACACCGGCCAGGAUGAGGAUAUGCGCGUUUAUGGAUUCGAGAAGAGUAGUUUGAAAAACGCCUUAAUUUAUAUCUCUUACGUGCUGACCAUUGGAUGGGUCAGACUUUUCUUCCACUGGUAUCCUCAGUUGCAUCUUUACGCGACCCACAAGAAAUGUCCUUUGAAUCGUGCAACAAGACUGCUCAUAACUGAUAAUUAUCAAGGAAAAUACAAGUCGUACUUCGUGAAAGAAGUAAAAACUAUUUCUGCUAGAAACUUGAGCACGCAAGAUAUAUCGAAAAGCUUGGGCAAAAACAACGACGAUCUUGAGAAGAUCAGAUGCAAAAAGUUGAAAAUCAAUUUAGAGAAUGGCACGCAGUGUGAGGUCCUCGAGUACAAAGCAUUUUGGUGCAAGAAGCAAUGCUACGUCUGGGAUAUCACGCAGAACACAUUUGCAAGAUUAGUAGGCCUCGAUAAGUACACUUUAUGCUCGGACCUUCAUCUCAGUAGCAAUCAAGGACUUUCUAAAGAGAAGCAAUACCUUAGACGCAUCGUGUACGGCAGUAACGAGAUUAUCGUUCCGGUGCAAAGUGUAGGUGUGUUGCUGCUCCUGGAAGUUCUAAAUCCGUUCUACAUUUUCCAAGUCUUCACGCUAUGCGUGUGGUUCGCAGAGGGCUACUUGUACUAUACUGCAGCAAUCAUAUGCAUGUCAUUGUUCGGGAUCAUAAGUUCCAUAAUACAAACCCGUAAGAACCAACUAAAUCUUUGUGGCACAGUCGCGUCCGUAGGAACUGUUCGCGUGCACAGAAGCUCGACGGUCUCAGAAAGUAUACCCAGCAGUGAUUUGGUGCCCGGUGAUAUUAUAGAACUGCCCAAGCAUCAAGCAACCGUUAUAUGCGACGCGGUACUGUUGACAGGGCAAUGCAUACUAAACGAAUCCAUGCUGACUGGAGAGUCUGUGCCAGUAACGAAAACCCCAUUGCCAUCGCGUCACGUUUUGUACGAUCCCAAAGAAUGUUCCCAUCACACGAUAUACAGUGGCACUACCAUUAUUCAAACCAGAUGUUACGACAAUGAACCAGUUUUAGCGCGAGUCAUUCGAACAGGCUUCCACACCAACAAAGGUGGAUUAGUUGCAGCCAUCUUAUAUCCACCACCAGCUGACUUUAAAUUCGAUCAGGAUUCUUACAAAUUUAUUGGCAUACUCGCGCUCAUUGCCACUUGUGGUUUCAUAUAUACUAUCGUAACAAAGGCUUCCAGAGGGAUCACGGCUGGCGAUAUAGCUAUAAAAGCGUUAGAUAUAAUCACCAUAGUGAUUCCUCCAGCAUUGCCGGCUGCGAUGACAGUGGGAAAGCUGUACGCUCAAUCGAGAUUGAAAAAAGCGCAAAUAUAUUGCAUUAACAAUAGAGUCAUUAAUGUAUCCGGCAGUAUAAAUUGCGUGUGUUUCGACAAGACGGGGACUUUAACGGAAGAUGGCUUAGACAUAUGGGGUAUUGUACCUUGCACGAAUGGCGUCCCCGACGAACCAGAAAGGAGCAUUCCUAAAUUGCACAACCAUCCUCUUUUCGAGGGGAUGUUAGUUUGUCAUAGUUUGAUUCUAAUCGACGGUGAACUCUGCGGAGAUCCUCUAGAUGUUAAAAUGUUUGAAAGUACCGGAUGGAUAUUAGGAGAACCAGAUAACAAAUACGACCCCGUAGCAUCAACGAUCGUAAAACCACCGUCGAGCACUAGUUUCAUGGAGAACAUGAAUGAAAUAUCUGAAAUCGGGAUAGUGCAACAGUAUCAAUUUUCAAGCUCUCUACAACGAAUGUCUGUGAUAGUACGCACACUGGGAUCGGAAACUUUCAAAGCCUACACGAAAGGAUCACCCGAAAUGAUACUUAGCCUGAGUAAACCAGAAACUAUCCCAAAAGAUAUCAUGUGUUGUUUAAAACGCUACACGGAACAAGGUUAUCGCGUUAUAGCUAUGGGCCGAACAGUAUUGACCGAGACUAGCAAUAAGAUAACGAAACUGCCCCGAGACGCGGUCGAACAGAACCUUGAGUUCUUAGGUUUAGUCAUCAUGGAAAACAGAUUGAAAGCACCGACUAUACCGGUGAUCAAGGAUCUCAGGACAGCCAACAUACAUGUUUUGAUGAUCACGGGAGACAACAUUCAAACUGCAGUAAGCGUUGCAAAAGAGUGUGGCAUUUUGUCGGCGCAAGAAUCUGUGAUAGACGUGACUGUAAUUAUGAAAGAAAACCAGCUGCAACCAGAGAUUUAUUUCAAUGCUCAAGAAUUAUCUCCGAAAUUGAGUCUUCGGGAUACAGCGCUCAGGAUAACAGAAUUACAAAAUAUAGAACAAAAUAUAGGCACUAGUAAUUAUCGGUUCGCGCUAACGGGUCAAUCAUGGCAGUUGUUGCGCGAACAUUAUCCGGACAUUAUACCGAAGAUAUGUGUACGCGGUGCAAUAUUUGCGAGGAUGACCAGCGAUCAGAAACAACAAUUAGUGUUGGAGCUGAUGCAACUCGGUUAUUAUGUCGCCAUGUGCGGAGAUGGCGCUAAUGAUUGCGGCGCUCUGAGAGCCGCGCACGUGGGUGUAUCCUUAUCCGAAGCAGAAUCUAGUGUAGCAAGCCCGUUUACAUCUAAGGUACCUGACAUCACUUGUGUUCCAAAAGUGAUAAGAGAAGGUCGUGCUGCGCUGGUAACAUCCUUCGGAAUUUUUAAGUUCAUGGUUACUUACUCCCUUACAGAGUUUUUGUCAGUAAUUAUUCUCUACUCGAUCGAUUCAAACCUAUCGGAUUUAGAGUUUCUUUUCAUUGAUAUAUUCCUCAUUGUUAACUUCGCCUCAUUUUUCGGGAAAACUCGAGCAUAUGAAAAGAAAUUGGUAAAAAAGCCCCCGAUGACUAGUCUUUUAAGUUUCACAACAAUUUUCUCCUUGACUGUACAUAUGUUAAUUAUGACUAUUUUUCAAGCUAUCGCUUAUCAUGCGGUUCGUACUUUUUCUUGGUUCGUUCCAUUCGUUCAAACCGACUUAAAUGAAUACGCAUGUUACGAGAACUAUUCCGUGUAUUGUAUCUCCAUGUUCCAAUACAUAACAAUGGCAAUAAUAUUUUCACGGGGAAAGCCAUAUCGAAAAGCUAUUUUCACUAAUGUUGCAUUUAUAUUUUCCAUAAUUUUACUAACCAUCGUCUGUACAUACAUCACGGUCUAUCCUGCAGAAUGGAUAAUAAAUUUGCUCGAAAUACUUGUGCCUCCGGCUUACGAUUGGAAAAUCAUUAUUUUGGCACUUGCACUAACGAACUUUGUAGUUUGUGUUUUUGUUGAAACAUUCGUGAUAGAGUACAUGAUUGAAAAAAUAUUAAAAUCAAAGUUUUAUAGGCCGGAAAAUUCUAAAAAAAAGUAUUUAAGAGUAGAGCAUGAAUUGAAAAAUGACUUAAGUUGGCCGAAACUUAAUAAUGAAUUACCCAUUUUACCGUUAACGCCAAGCGUAGAAAAUAUCAUUAACGUAACCUAUCCACAAGAACAGCCUUAUGCAAAUAAAAUUAAAAAAACUAUUAAUGAUAAGAGACCUAAAAACAAUAAUAAAUUGUAUGCAUUUGAUAAUUAUACAUUUGUAGAUGACGAAUCAACACAAAACACGAACAUAAUAACUAGAUUUUAAGAUAAGUUUUGAAAAUUUAAUACAUUAUUAGAAAUUAAAAGUCCUCAACUUUAAUUGAUAAAGACGAAUAUAUACAUGUAUAGCUGACGAAGAGGAAAUCAAUUAUCAUACCAGUAUAUGUAUGUAGAUAGGUAUUAUGAAUUACUUUCAGAUCACUUACGAAUUUUACUACAAAAUGGUACAAAAUAAUUGAUGAUUAAAAUUUGUAAUUAUUGUAUGUAUAUGAUAAAAUGUCACAUAUUUUUAGUAACCGUCGAAGUAUAUUAAUCUAACGAUUUUGACGACUGCAUUGUAUUAGAUA